ACAAAACCAAAAACCCUAAUUCCAUUUUUUUUUCAACCAUGUCUCUUGACAUUCUAAAACCUUUAAUCUUGUUCCUCGUCCUCUGUGCGGUGAAUCCUUUUCCCUCUGUUAACUCUGCAGUUCCAUUUCUCGAAAUCCUGAGGGGCAUUCGCAGGGGACAAAACGCGAAUGGCGUAGGCACACUCAGAAGCUACCUCAAAACUUUAGGCUACCAAGUAAACGAACAAUCUUCUUCCGACAACAACUUCGACGAAAACGUUGAAUCUGCUCUGAAACAGUACCAGGCAUUCCAUCACUUGCAGACCAGUGGCGUGGUGGAUGAUGAAACCAUCAGAACCAUGAGCCUGCCACGUUGUGGAUUACCUGAUAUCACAGCCACUCCUAACCCUAACCCUAACCCUAAUAAUCCUAACGGUUUAUCAUCACCAGCUCCCCAAAACUACGAGUACUUCCCAGGGAACCCAAAAUGGAGCAGGUUUAACUUAACCUACCGAGUGACUCAAAACCCUCGAGGAGUUUCCGUGACCCGGAACGAUUUGAGAGAAGCAAUGAGUAAUGCCUUUCAGACGUGGGGAAAUGACAACAAUUUCACGUUCACUGAACGCACUGGUCGAACUGACAUUGUCUCUGGCUUCUACUAUUGGUUCCACGGUGAUUUUGCCCCAUUUGAUGGGCCAGGUAUGGUUCUGGCUCACGCUUAUGCUCCAGAAGAUGGAAGAGCACACUUCGAUGCAUCUGAAAGGUGGAGCACUACAGGGGCUGGAGACUUUAUUGAUCUUCUAAGCGUUGUUCUGCACGAGAUUGGUCACGUUCUGGGGCUUGGACACAGUAAUGAUUCUAACGCGGUUAUGGCACCAACAUAUACAGGGGUACGAAGGAAUCUAGCACAAGAUGAUAAAGAUGGUUUAAACAAUCUAUAUGGGUUUCCGAACUAGAAUCUUGAGAAUAUAAGCAUCGAAUAAUCGUCAAGUGUAGCAUGUGUUUGGCCAAUGUGUGUCAUGUAAUUCAUUUCGUAGAGGCUGAAACCAGUUUCAUGUACUACUAUUAGGCAACAAUUAAAUAAGCCACCAUGUACACUUGUCA